CAUCUAUUCUUUCUACAUCUGUAAAGAAACAGAGAUUUCAACUUUGAUAUUCAAACGAAAAAUUCAUUGUUUUAUCGUUGAUCAAUCGUUGUAUCGUUGUUAAAUAAUUGUUAAUCAUCAUGAAAAUCAUACUUGAACAAAAUGAUAUUUACGAACCAGGACAAUAUAUUCGUGGUGUUAUUGUAUUUAAUGCUGUUGGUGAUAUACCUGUUAGUGAAUGUAAUGUUAAUCUGAUUUGUAUGGCCGAAGUUGGUUGGACUGAAAAUCCCGGUAUUAAAGAUGAAGGUCAUUCAUUUCAUAUUAAACAUAAAUUAAUGGAUAUAUCAUAUGAAUUAUUGGCUUUAAAUGGUGAAUCAUAUUAUCGUUUAGGUCAUCAUGAAAUUCCAUUUGAAUUUUAUUUACCUGAAAAUUUGAAUUUACCAUCAUCGUAUCAAAGUCGUUUUGGUUCGAUUGUUUAUUCAGUGGAUGUUAAAAUUGGUGAAAAACUUAAACGUAGAGAAAUAUUGGUUGAAGUACCGAUACGGAAAAAUCUUUGGUUAUCGGUUGGUGGUACAUCGGAAAAAGAUUUUGGUGUUUUAUCAUUUGCAUCCGGUAAAAUUACAAUGCAAGCUACAUUACGUAAAAAAGGAUAUUAUCGUGGUGAAGAAUUGAUUGUUGAUUAUGUUAUUGAUAAUUGUUCAACAGCAACCGUAAAACCAAGAGUUACAUUUUUUCAAACACAAAUCUAUAUGACAGGUGAAAGACAUAAAACAGUUGAAAGUUCAUUAACCGAAGCUAUUGAAGGUGAUGAAAUUGGAUCACAUACUAUGAUUGAUGAUGGUAAUCUAACCGUUACUAUACCGGUUGAUAUACCAUUAUCAAUUAAAUCCGAAUAUAUAACACUUAAAUAUUUUUUACAUUUAACAUUAGAUAUACCAUUGGCUAUUGAUAUACAUAUUAAUUUACCGGUGGUUAUAACAACAAGAUCAUCACUUGAAAAUACCUAUGAUCAACAACAACAACGACAUUAAAUAUUUCAAAAUAAUUUUUAUUCAAUAUUACACUUUUAAUUUAUAUAUUUAGUCAUUUGUUUGUUUUCACCCAUUGUUAUUUUUUUGUU